UUGAUUAUCAAUCGUUCACAUUGUAAGUCACAAAUGUGAACAGUAAUUCAAAUUAACUUGAUUAUUUGAUUGUUCAGUGAAAGUGUCAAUGGAAAAUUUAAUCAAUCGAAACAAAAAGAAAACAAUUUAAAUGGAUUUUGUCUAAUUAACAUCAUCACCUUUCUUUGAAUUACCUUUUGUUAACCUUCCAGAGUUUUCUGUGUGUUGAUCUUUUUCAAUUUUUCUUUUCUUUUCUAUUCUUUUCUUCUUGUGACAUUGUAUUUAAAUUGUAUCUUUAACCACAAACUGACGUUUUACUAAUUGUCGACAAUUGGGUUAAUCAUCUUCUCAUUACCACCAUGGUCUUCAGUGAUUUACCGAUUAAUUGCAUCCCAAUCGGGUCAAGUUCCAGUUGAUUGUCUCUUUAUUGUUCCCCUUGUUGUCUAACUUUUAUCCGCCAUUUUUGUUGAGCUUUUUUCUCUUUAACUGUUUGUCAUUGUGACUCUUGUUGCUCUUUGUGUGACUUUAAUAUACUUUCUAUCCAAUUGUCUUAACGUUUUCAUCUGUGAUAUUUUACUAGAGAAAGGAAGAGAAAUGUUAAAUAAAAGAAAUGCGAGCUGCUCCCUCAUUCCAAGUGACCAACAGAGUCAAUGUAAAGAGUCUGGGGUAACAAUAGCAUCAGACACAAUCUCAUCUUCAUCAACAACAACAAUCCCAUCAACUUAUCUUCUUCCUCCUCUUCUUGCCUCUUCUUCAUCCUUAGAACCUACAACAACUUCAUCCACAACAACAACAACAAUCUCAUCCCGUCCAAAUGGAAGUCAAUUGACGGAAAUUGGAAGAAAUUUUCCUGAAAAAGUUUCCAUGGUAACUCAAGUAUCGACAUCAACAUUAUCUCCAUCAUCAACCACCGAUGAUGAUAAAAUUCAACAAGAAACAACAACAUGUUUUAAUAACAGUAAUAACGAUAACAUGACGGGUAACAUUGAGAAGAUCAUUAAUUGUAAAAGUGAGCAGAUAUCUGUCAAUUUAUUGUCUUCCAAAACAUUUAACAAAUUUACUCCUAAUGUGUUUAACUUACGACCCACAAUCUCAACUCAUCCUACACGAAAGCAUCAUCAUCAUCAUUCACAUCUCUCUCCAUCUUUAAGUCAACAUAGAAGAUCAGAACUGAGAAGAUUCAACCAGAACAAAGGAAAUGAUGAUUCGGAAGGAGAGGGAACAACCAAUUGUUAUACUUCAUCAAGUGAACACUCAAUGGAUACCGUAAUUUUUUGUGGUAAAUCCAUGAGAUCUUCAUGUAAUGCUAAUAAUCAACAACAUCAUCAUCAAGUUCAUCAUAGCAUUCCAAGUUCACCGAAGAGCUCACCAUCACCAGGGAAACCCAAAGUGCCGACUACAACCAAUGGUUUACCAAAAACACCAAUGUGCCAACCAAUGAUGAUGGUAAUCGCUAAAUCGUCAAAUUGUUCAAAUAUGACACAACAACAGUCACCUAAACGCUAUUCAUCAUCAUCGUCAAACACAACCUCAUCUUCACCAUUAAUUAAUCAAUUGUCGAUUGAUCCAACAAUCAAUCACUCAUCCGAUAAAAAGAUCAACGUUAAAAAACUGGUAUGUGACAUUGGAACUUCACCUUUACAUAAGAAUAGCCUUAAUUGUAAAACAAAGUGUAAUCGAAAUGAUGAACUUUGGGUCGAUAAGCCGAAAAAAUCGAAACGAAAAAAGCCUCCUCAUCGAAUCUCCGGUGUCGAAUUGUGGGUUGAUGGUCCAAACGCAAUACCGAUUAAUUCAAAUAUCACAAGUGAAUCAACUAAUUGUGAGUUUACAGAGAAACAUCAACGAACAACUGAAUGGAUUAACCAACAUGCGAAAACAAUUUUAAUCGCAAGCAAUAAAGGUAAUUCAUGUUGUGGUCAACACUGGACAUCAUCAAAUAAUUGUGGUAAAUCAAUUAACGAAAAUACAAACAUCACUAAUCCAGUGACGACCUCGAAAUCAUCUAAAUCUAAUUCAUCUAAUGGUGCCAACGGAACGAUAAUUGAUCUGAGUAAUCCAGCUUCUCCUUAUCAUGUUGGUGUAUCUGAGCUAACAAUUAAGGAGAAGCAUUUGAUUGAUAAACUAAUUGAAACCAAAGAGAUGGCUUGUCAAACAGAAUCAAAUGAGAAACUAAUUGUUUCAGAAAGUAUGAACUGUACAAACAACAGUAAUACCAAUGAGAAGCUCAAUACAGAGGAAACUUUGAUUCUAUUGAGUAAUCUUCAUGAUAAUCAUGAGGGUGAUUAUGAAGAUGAUGCAGUUGAUGAUAAUGAUUGGACUGAUGAGAGACGAUUAAUGUUACUAGAAAGAGGAGCUCUUUCUGAUUGCUGUGAUAAUCGUAUUUGUUGUUGCUGUUCAAGUUCAUUUACAUCGGAAGAUGAUGAAAAUGUUGCUGUUGAUGAUCAUGUUCAGGGAGACGAUAAAAUGAUCGAUAAAGAUAAACAAACAAUUGAAUUGAAAAGUAUUAAAGAUGAUAUUGGAUCAACGAAGGAAAAUAAUUUAGAUUCUAAUACAGAACUUAUUCCGAAUAAGUUGAGCACUUCCAAUCAAUUAACUGAACCUCCUGGACAAUUAAAGUUGGAACAGUUUCUCAAACAACUAAUUACUGUUACUAACCCAUCGCUCAAUGAUAAUGAGAAUAUGGAAAAGAUUAAGAAAGAUAAAGAUAAAAAUCAUCAUCAUCGUCAUCGAUCACAUCAUGGUCAUCAUGGUUAUCAUCAUCAUCAACAUCAUCAUCAUGCAGGAGAAAGGAAAUUGUCCCAACCCAUUAAUCAUUACAAUGAUUAUCCACAAUAUGAUUCAUUGCCACCGAGAAGAUUAACUCGAUCAAAAUUCAAUGGAACUAAAUAUUACGACUCCUUUGGAUCACAUCAAGAUUUGACUAAUUGUUCAGUGGACGACAAUCAAAUUAACAGAUUAAAAUCGACACUUGAUGAUGCUAAUUGUAAAUCGGUUGGUUAUAUAAUCACGAAGGACUUGCCAAUCAAUGAUGAUUGUAGUAAAAAUCAUGUCACUUUGUUACCAACCUCGCCGCGGAUCAAUCGGAUUCUUGGAGGAGUUCAAACUAAAGUUGAAUGUAUCAAUAUAACAAAUAGUCCAACUAAAUCAUCGCGAAAGCAAAGUUGCAAUAAACGAGAUACAACAUCGACAACUACGAGUGGACAUGGGACAACAAGUGAAGGCGAUGAUCGGUCAGUUGUUACGAAGAAAUCAUCUGAUUCCUCAUCAAGUCCGUCACAAUCUCACGAUCGAACCUUUAACUCGUCCUCAUCUUCAGCCUCACAAUAUCAUCACCAUCAUCAUUAUCAUCGGUCUGGUCAAAAUUCCAGCGGUGGACCUUCUUCCAGUGGAUAUGAUAGUACAAUUAAAGAUGAAGAAAGUGACCGAGAAUUGGUCAUAAUCGAUAAUGAUGAUCAAUCAAAUGAAAUUAAUGGCAAAAAAUUGAUGAUCACCGAUGAAGAUAAUACCUGUAAUGUAGUGACUCUCACUGCUAAUAACAAUGAAAGUGCUAAUAAUAGUAAUGAUAUUAGUAACAAUGGUAAUAACAAUAACAGUAAUCAUACUAAUCUACAGGGUAGUUGCAAUAUCGUUAAAAGUUCAGUGAAAAUGAGAGAUAAAUCUGAGAAACAAAAUCGUAAGAAUAAAAAAGACAAAGAAAAAGAUAAACGUGAAUCGUUAACAUCAGAGAAAUGCUCAUUUCUUUGCUGUAAAUUAACUUCCUUUUACUAAUUAACAACAAUUAAAAUUAUCUAUUUGCCAAAGAAAAGUCACCAAAUUGAAACGGUUGAUUAUUAUUAUUAACAAAUUGCAACUAAAAUCAUAAGAAUCAAAAUUUGACAUUAAAGUAAAACAAUUUUUUAUUCAUGACAAUUUGAAAGAAUCACUUUUGUACAUUUAAUGUAAUUAAAUUAUCAGAAUUUUAAUAAAAUCAGAACUGUCUUUUUGUUGUA